GUAUGUCGCCACCGAAGUCGCCCGAGGUCAUUCAAGAAGAUUACUAUGAGCUUCUCGGCGUUGAGAAAAAGUCAAGCGAGUCUGAAAUCAAAGCAGCUUAUCGAAAAUUAGCCCUCAAGUAUCAUCCGGACCGAAAUCCUGGUGAUAUACACGCACAAGAGCAAUUCAAGAAGAUUUCCAUCGCCUACUCAGUCCUCAGCGAUCCGAAUAAGCGUAGGCAGUACGAUGUGAGCGGGCCUAGCUCUAGUCGGGUUUUUGGAGCUCUUUUCAAUAAAUUGGGCGUUCCAAUUCCUACUCAAAUUGUGCCAAAAGUAUUGGCUCAAGCUAGGCAACUUUGCGAGGGUUCAGCCUGUGAUGUGGAAGCCCGACCAACUUGCAGCUCCUGGUUGAAACAUAAGCAUUACGCUCAUCGACGAAACAGCAUUGAAAUGAAGGAAGAGUACAGACAGCAUGGCAUUUGUAUUGUUUGUAAGUCGGCUUCGUCGAGCAAGUUCAAGCUGGUCCUGUUUGACAAGGAAGGAGGUGUACGAUUGAUUCAGGUUCGCAAACGCUGUUCUCAAUCGGAAAGACCAAAGAGAAAGUCUCGGGUACGCCAAAGCUUGAAUGUGUUUCCGCUUACCAUUUACCAUAGCAAACCUGGGAGAAUUUGUACCGCUGAAGUUCCACAUGGAAGACAGGUGGAGAAGGUAUUACUAGCGAAGAAAACCGAAAUGGCGAAGUUCCAGACAGAAUACGCAGAGGCUAAGAAAAAGUUCGAAGAUGCUGUUGAAAGGUUGAAACGAGAGGACAAAGAAAUUCAGGAGAAGUUGAAAACACGUGAAAAAGCCUACGAAGAAGUAAUUGCUGCUAGUCAAGCGAAGUUCAUGAAUCAUAUUUCGCCUUCAAAAUCAGGAAAGUCGUUCUUCGGACUAUUCUAG